AUGGCUAAGCAGUUAGAGGACUUGAAGUUUAAGCAAGUCCAUCAGGUGAGUGAGGUGAAAGUUGAGGAGGUUUGUGCCUUACGUGAGUGUCUGGGGCAUCUAGUUACCACUUGCCCCGCUUUUCCUAUGGUGAAAGAGGCCUACCAAAGCAAUCAAGCUGAGGUGAACGCAAUUAACCAGUGUUGGGACCCGUAUUCAAAUACCUACAAUCCAGGAAGUGGGAAGGUGAUCGACAAGGACUUACCUCCAAAGCAGAAAUCGGUGCCACCCUCGGUGCCGGUAGCUGCACCAGCAGUAGUUCCAGACUUGGGAAGUGUUCCCGAGGAGGAAAAAGAGGCGGAGUCUCCUGAAGUGGUGGUGCCUGCUCAUGCAGCCCCCAUGACUCCAACGCCACCCUUUCCUAUCUCUUUGAUGGAAGCGAUUGACACAAUUUCUCAAUUUGCAAAGGUCUUAAAGGAUCUGUACAUGUCAAAGCAGAGAACUAAGAGUCAGGACAAAGUGAAUGUUUUCAAUGUGGAUAGUCGGGUUGAGGAUGAUGAAGAGGUGUAUGAGGUGAGUUUGAUCGACACGCUAGUGCAAGAGCAUGUCAAUAGUGUGAUGUACAAGGAUCCUUUGGAGAUAGCAUUAACCGCCGAAGAGGCGUCAUUCUUAGAUUCUCCAGAGCUGCCUAAACCAGAGUUAAAGCCUUUGCCGGACACACUUAAGUAUGCCUUCCUUAAAGGCGAUGAUACUUUUCCGGUUGUAAUCUCCUCAUCCCUUGAGGUGGAUCAAGAGGCUAAGUUGCUUGCCUUGCUGAAAAAGCACGUGGGCGCGAUAGGCUGGACAAUAGCUGAUUUGCAGGGUAUUAGUCCAACGGUGUGUACACACCGUAUUUUUCUAGAUGAGGAUGUGAAGCCUUCUAGGCAACCUCAGCGUCGUCUGAACCCCAAUAUGAAGGAGGUGGUUCAGGCUGAGGUGCUGAAGCUUUUAUAUGCGGGUAUUAUUUACCCAAUAGCCCAUAGUGAGUGGGUGAGCCCAGUGCAGGUGGUGCCUAAGAAAGCAGGAGUGACCGUCGUGAGAAACGACGAGGGGGAGCUAGUGUCGACCCGUGUUCAAACCGGGUGGCGAGUUUGCAUCAAUUACCGGAAGCUCAAUUCGAGCACCCGGAAAGACCACUUCCCUCUCCCAUUCAUUGAUCAAAUUUUGGAGAGGGUGGUUGGCCGGGCAUUCUAUUGCUUUCUGGAUGGGUACUCUGGCUACAAUCAAAUAGAGGUAGUCAUGGAGGAUCAGGAGAAGACCACCUUCACGUGUCCUUACGGCACGUUUGCCUACCGUCGCAUGCAGUUUGGCUUAUGCAACGCUCCCAGAACCUUUUCAAGGUGCAUGAUGGGAAUCUUUAGUGACAUGGUAGAGAAGAUUGUGGAGGUAUUUAUGAAUGACUUCUCAGUUUUCGGGGAUUCGUUUGACGAAUACCUCAGGAAUUUAGGAAAGGUCUUACAACAGUGCGAGGAGAAGCAGCUCGUGCUUAAUUGGGAGAAGUGCCACUUUAUGGUGACCCAAGGGAUUGUGUUAGGACACAUUGUCUCAUCCAAGGGUAUUGAGGUGGACAAGGCAAAGAUUGAUUUGAUUGCAAAUCUUCCCAUUCCAAAGUCUGUAAAAGACAUUCGGUCUUUCCUCGGUCAUGCCAAUUUCUACCGGCAUUUCAUUAAGGGAUUCAGUACUAUCUCCCGGCUGUUGUGCCAUUUGUUGUUGAAAGACAUGCCCUUUGUGUGGUCUGAGGCGUGUGAGGGGGCAUUCCAGACAUUAAAGCGGAGUCUCACUACUCCGCCGAUCAUGCAGCCUCCGGAUUGGAGUUUGCCCUUUGAAUUGAUGUGCGACGCUUCCGACUAUGCAGUCGAGGUGAUUUUAGGGCAACGACGAGGGAAAGAUCCCUGCGUCGUACAUUAUGUGAGCAAGACUUUAAACGAGGCACAAAUGAAUUACACCACUACCGAGAAGGAAUUGCUCGCGGUGGUAUUUGCCUUAGAUAAGUUCUGGUCCUACUUGAAAGGGGUUGAGAAUGUAGUGGCGAACCACCUGUCUCGUUUGGAGUUUGAGGACCCCACCUCUUAUCUCCCCAUCGUGGAUACUUUCCCUAACGAGCAGUUGUUCGCUGCUAAUAUGUGCCCAUGGUUUGCAAAUAUUGCCAAUUAUUUGGUGACUAGACAAAUUCCACCCCAUUGGUCCACAACUGAGAAGCAACGAUUUUUUAGAGAGGUCCGGCAAUAUAUUUACGAUGAUCCAUAUGUGUUCAAGUAUUGCGCGGACCAGAUUAUGCGCUGGUGUGUCCCCAAAGCUGAUCAAAGGGGAAUUUUAGAGUUUUGUCAUACUGAGGCGUGCGGAGGUCAUUUCUCCGCGAAGAAGACUGCCACCUAG